GUAUGUUAUCUGUGGUCGACGAUCAUCUGUCAUACUCACAAUAAAGAUGUCGGAGUACAAAGUGUUUUAAUUAUUGAAUUAUUAAGUAACUAUAUUAUAUGGCGCAGUCGAGUGGUGAGAAUUUAAUAAGUAUUAGAAAAUUAAGAUGGAGAUGUUAAAACAGCCGCCGCCGCUGUCGUUAGUGGGCGAUAUUUCGCAAAACUUCAAGCGAUGGGAGCAAAGGUUUUUGCUCUAUUUUAAAGCAUCAGGGGCUGAAGAAAGAUUGGAUGAACAUGGUCAAAAUGCUUUGCUUCUACAUGUUAUUGGAGACGAUGCAUUAGAGGUCUAUAACACAUUUGAGUUUGAAGUGGACAAAAACGGCGAAAAAAAGUUAAAUGUUAAAACAAUACUAGAGAAAUUUAGAAAUUACUGCUCGCCAGCAAAAAAUGAGACGAUGCAAAGGCACUUAUUUUUCACCAGAGAGAAGAAAGAAGGCGAAUCUUUUGGUGAAUUUGUGACAGCUUUGAAAACAUUAAGUUCGGAUUGUAAUUUUGACAAAUUAAAAGACAGCUUAAUAAAAAGUCAGAUAAUUAGAGGCAUUGGAGAUUGCAAACUACAGGAAGCAUUACUUCAGGAUCCGGACCUAGACCUGCCCAAAUGUAUCAGAAUUUGCAAAGCGGCAGAAUUAGCCUCAGAAAAUGUAAAAAAAAUUACCACUGAGAUGCAGGUAAAUAAUAUAAGCAGAACAACACAUAAAAAUGAAAAUCGAAACUUGGAAAAACCACAAGAUUUUCGUGAUAGGAAUCAGAAUUUGCCAGAAACUCGGGACAGUCGUCAAGCACUAAGGAAGCAGUGCAUGAGGUGCGGAUACUACCAUGGUUUUAAAUGCCCUGCAUUUGGCUACCGGUGCAAGAAAUGUAACCGUUAUGGACACUAUGCCAAAAUGUGCAGGACCCCCUCUCAGGUACAUGCUGUAAAUCAGGAUCAGGAUAGUGAUGACUCGGACAUAGUACUAGGUAUGGUUCAAGACGAUAUUAAUAAUUCUAUAAACAGACAGUUGUAUGAGUCUUUACAGAUUAACAAUAAAAUUGUUGAUGUUAAACUAGACACAGGUAGUGACUGCGAUGUUUUACCAUUACAUAUAUUAAAAAAAUUGUCACUGGAACAUAAAAUGUCAAAAAAUGGUCUAAGGCUCUGUAAUUAUGAUGGAUCUAAUAUUAAUUGUGUGGGAAAAGUAUGGCUAAAAUGUCAACUAAUAAAUGGAAAAAAUACACAAAUAUUGUUUCAGGUGGUUGAUAGCAAAGAAAAAUCUCCAGCAGUCUUAGGUCAUAAAACAAUAUUUUCGCUGAAACUACUGAAACAAAUCACAUAUUUGGGGCAUAUAUUAUCAAAACAUGGCAUCAAACCGGACCCAAGAAAGGUACAGGCAAUACUAAACCUAGAGCAACCAAAGAAUGUAGCAGACUUACAACGGGCAAUAGGUAUGAUUACAUAUGUCUCUAAAUUUAUCCCUUCACUGUCAGAAGUUUGUCAUCCAUUAAGAAAAUUAAUUAGAAAAGGUGUAGAUUUUAAUUGGAAUAAGGAACAAGAUGAUUCAUUUAAACAGUUGAAAGAGAUAUUAAGUUCAGAACCGGUAUUGCAAUUUUAUGAUCCUAAUAAACCUUGUAAGCUGUCAGUGGAUGCUUCAAAAAACUCGUUAGGAGCAGUGUUACUGCAAAAUGAUCUUCCUGUUGCAUACGCCUCUAAAGCAAUGACAACCACACAACAAAUGUACGCACAAAUUGAGAAAGAGAUGCUAGCUAUAGUCUAUGGUUGCUUGAGGUUUCAUCAAUAUAUUUACGGUAAAACUAUAGAAGUUGAGUCAGAUCACAAACCACUUGAAAUAAUAUUUAAAAAACCAUUGUGUGAUGUACCAUUGAGGUUACAAAGAAUGCGGUUACAAUUACAAAAAUACGAUCUAGUAGUGAAGUACAAAGCAGGCAAAGAACUGUUGCUAGCAGAUUCUUUAUCAUUUCCAUUAAGUAAUCUUAAAUUGUUGGGAAAAUGUCUAUAG